AUGGGCCUUAAAGGUCUUCAUUUUCUGUUUCUUCUACUGCUGUCCCAAGGAAUUCAACUUACUCAAGGAAGUUGCAGCAGUGGGGAGUUCCAGUGCACCAGUGGACAGUGCAUCAACGUAGCUUGGAGAUGUGAUGGGACUAAAGACUGCGCAGAUGACUCAGAUGAGCUGAACUGUCCGACUCCAUCGUGCACCUCGCAGGAAUUUCAGUGCGUGACGAGCGGCGAAUGCGUCUCUUUGGGAUUUGUUUGUGACGGCGAGGAAGACUGCAUCGAUGGUUCGGAUGAAGAAAGAACCUGCGAUGGACGGCCCUGCAGCCCAGACCAGUUCACCUGCCAGGAGGGCCAGUGUAUCCCCGACACAUACAGAUGUGACCACGUGAAGGACUGCGUGGACAACUCGGAUGAGAACAACUGCAACUAUCCGCAUUGCACUGAGAAGACGUGUGCCAAUGGCGCCUGUUACGAACACCCUCAGUACUGCAACGGCCUGCAGGACUGCCGGGAUGGCUCUGAUGAAUUCAACUGCACUACACAGCACUGUCCCAUCCACCAGUAUCAGUGUGAAAAUGGCUACUGCAUCCCACAUUCCUUUGUGUGUGACCACUGGAAUGACUGUGGAGACGGCAGUGAUGAGGAAGGCUGUGUGUACCAGAGCUGUAGUGGCGCUGAGUUCACAUGUUCCAGUGGCCGUUGUAUUCCUCAGCGCUGGGUGUGUGACCAUUUCAAUGACUGUGGGGACUACAGUGAUGAGAGAGGAUGUGAUAGUAACUCUCGUGACUGCUACCCUGGUGAGUGGGGAUGCCCGGGGGCGACAGCAUGUAUACCAGUGGGCAAAGUGUGUGACGGCGAACCUGACUGUCCUGGAGGAACGGAUGAGAACAACUCCACAGCGCACAAAACCUGCAGCCUGGAGCAGUGCUCCGCCUUGAGUUGCGAGUUCCUCUGCCACCUGUCACCUGAGGGAGGUGCUUGCUACUGCCCUGAUGGUUUCACUGUCGCCAUUGACAGCCGUUCCUGUGUAGACUAUAACGACUGCCAAAUCUGGGGGGUCUGUGACCAGCUGUGCGAAGAUCGUCCUGGGACGCACCACUGCAGCUGCGCCGAUGGAUACUUCUUGGAGCAGGGUCAUGUCUGCAAAGCCAAUGUGUCAGCUGGAAUGCCACAGCUCAUUUUCACCAAUGGUGGUGAUGUGAUGAUGGCUGACGUACACGGACGCUUUGUCAGAACUCUGGUGCCAUCGCAGGGCAAAGGAUAUGCUAUCGGGGUGGCAUAUCACUGGCACAGUGACAUCGUCUUCUGGAGUGAUACAUAUACCAAAAAGGUGUACUCUGUCAACUACAAUGGGGGAAACAUUAAGGAGGUUCUGACGACUGCGGUCCAGAGUGUCCAGAACCUCGCUGUUGAUUGGAUCAACUUCAAACUUUAUGUCUUGGAGGCCACGAUGGAGCGAAUCGACAUGUGCAACUUUGAUGGAGAUAAUCGGGUAACGCUGGUGGCUGAGAACCUGCAAACUCCCCAUGGCCUCGUCCUGGACCCUACAGUGGGCUACAUGUUCUUCACAGACAAGGGCGUUUCUAAUCAGUUUAUGAAGCUCGAGCGCGCCUUCAUGGACGGCAGUAACCGCGUGGAGCUGGUGAAGCGCAGACUCGGCACCCCAACAGGGAUUACUCUAGAUAUCGUCACCCAGAGGGUCUACUGGGCCGACAGCCACUUUGACACAGUGGAGACCGUCACCUACAGCGGGCUGGACAGGAAAAUAGUCCUGAAUGGUGGAACCCAGGCUCCAUAUCCUUUUGGAAUUGCUGUGUUUGAAAACCAUGUGUUCUUCACUGACUGGGUCAAGAUGGGCGUGGUGAGAGCCAACCGGUUCAACGGCAGCAGUCCAGCUCUCCUCUACCGCACCACGAAGCGACCGGGCCAUGUCGUAGUCUCGCACGCCGCCCUGCAACCUGUUGUGAUGAACCCUUGUGGCAGACACAACGGUGGCUGUCGGCAGAUUUGUGUAUUGAGUCACCGCUCCGACAAUGAAGGUCUGGGCUUCCGUUGCAAGUGUCGCCAUGGUUACGACCUGCAGCCUGACCGGCAGACCUGCUUUAAGCUGAAGGACUACUUGUUGUUGGCCACCUCUCUCGGGGUGCGAGGAAUCCCACUGAACGUGUCCCUCCAGGAGGACGUCACCCUUCUCUCGGGGCUCGGGACCUCUUUCUCUGGCUCUGCUGUGGAGUUUGACGGCAAUGAGGAAGCCCUGUUCUACAACGACAGGUCCAGAGGCCUCGUCUACAAGUCGAACCUCAAUGGCACCGUCCAACAGAUUUUGACCGGCUACAGAGUGGGAACGGUUGACGCCAUGGCGUACGACUGGACCGCAAAAGUCUUGUUCUGGAUAACGAACACCUACAAGACGGUGGUGGCCUUCAGAGUCCCAGACAAGUCCAGACGAGACAUUGUGACAGGAUUGAGGAACCCAAAAGGAAUCGCAGUGCAUCCCAGUGCCGGCUUCUUGUUUUGGUCUGACUGGUACCGUCCAGCUGUCAUCAUGAGAGGCUUCACUGAUGGCAGCAAUGCGGUUCCUCUGGUCAACACGACUCUGGGAUGGCCGUAUGGGCUUUCUGUUGACUACGUGAUGGACAGGCUGUACUGGGUGGAUUCCCAAUUGGACCAGAUCGGUCACAUUAGCAUACAAGGAGAUGACAGACAGACAUUUACUAACAUCGGCCAGAUAACUCAACCCUUUUCUCUCACUAUUUAUUCAGACUACCUGUAUGUGUCUGAUACAAGGACCAAAGCAGUAUUCGAGAUGAGGAAGAGGGAUGGAGGAGGUAACAUUAUGAUCAGACAAGGAAUCACGGGCAUCAUGAACGUCAAGGCCUAUUCAGCCGACUUCCACAGCACGCUCAAGAGCCGCUGCAACCUGGUGGUCAACGGACGCUGCAGCCACUUCUGCUUCCCGACUCCCUCCUCCAGUCGAGUGUGUGGCUGUCCGUACGGCAUGAAACUUCAGGCCAAUCAGAGGGAAUGCAUCAAGGACGAAUCUGUUCCCCCACCUGACAUCUGUAGCCAAUUCUCUUUUGAGUGCGACGAAGGCCGCUGUCGACCCAACUCUUACCGCUGUGAUGGAAUUUCUGAUUGCAUCGAUGAAACGGAUGAGGCCAACUGCACCGAUACAGGAGCAACUUGCUCUCCACGAGCGUUCACCUGCAACAACAAACACUGCAUCAAGUCCAGUUGGCGCUGUGACGGCGUGGACGACUGCGGCGACGGAUCGGAUGAAUCGAACUGUCCCACUCGACUCCCUACCACCUGCGCCGCCAACUACUUUACCUGUGAUAACAAUAGGUGCAUCUCUAAAAUAUGGGUGUGUGACGGUGACAACGACUGUUCGGAUGGCUCUGAUGAACACAACUGCAAUUCAACCAUCACCACGUGCCCUCCUUCCUACUUCCUGUGUCCCGACCACCGCUGCAUCUACAACUCAUACAUAUGUGAUGGAGACCAGGACUGUCUGGAUGGCUCUGAUGAGAAGAACUGUGAGUUUGCCUGCGCCUCCUAUGAGUUUUCCUGCGCCAGUGCGGACCAGUGUGUCCAUUCCAGAUAUCGGUGUGACAGAGUCUUUGACUGCAGGGACCAUUCUGAUGAAAGAGACUGCCCCACUCGAGGUCCUGGCCUCUGCCACGACAACGAGUUCCAGUGCCAGGCCGAUGGUUUCUGCGUGCCCGAUGUGUGGGAGUGUGACGGCUACGCAGACUGUGAGGAUGCAUCGGACGAACACAACUCCUGCCCACCUGUCACCUGCCGAUCCAAUUACAUCCAGUGCACCAACAAGAUCUGCAUCCCGGCGAGCUGGUUGUGUGACGGCGACGACGACUGCCGGGACACGAGUGAUGAGCAGAACUGCCCCACCCCUCCAUUUAGUUGCCCCUCGGGACAGUGGCAGUGCCCCACCGACCAGCUCUGCAUUGAGCUGGACAAGGUGUGCAAUGGCCAGAGGGACUGUCCCAACGGAGCCGACGAGUCGCCCAUCUGCAGUCAAGACGACUGUGUGCUGAACAACGGCGGCUGCAGCAACGACUGCGUCCAAGGACCGUUUGGUGCCCAGUGCACCUGCCCCGCUGGAUUUCAGCUCCUCAACGACUCCAAGACCUGCGAGGACAUCGACGAGUGUCUGAUCCCGGGUUUCUGCAGCCAGCAGUGCUUCAACGAGAGAGGAAGGUUCAGGUGCUACUGCUCAUACGGUUACCUCCUGGAGCCUGAUGGGCGCACCUGUAAAGCUGCAGACCGACUAGCAGCGGUUCUUCUGGUUGCCAAGCGGAGCCAGAUCAUCGCCAACCGGAUCAACAUGAGACCCCCCCAGAUACGACCGGUGAUCAGCGGUUCGAGCAUCGUGGCCGUGGAUUUUGAUCGCAUAACUUCCAGAAUCUACUGGGCCGAUGCCUCGCAGAAGAAAAUAUGGAGUGCCUACCAGAACGGCACCGGCAAACGGGAAGUGUUCUCCACUGGUUUGAUGGUACCAGAUAGUAUAGCUGUGGACUGGGUGGGUCGGAACCUUUAUUGGAGCGACUCUGUCAUGGAAAACAUUGAGGUUUCCACUCUGGACGGGCACUUUCGGAAAGUCCUCGUCACCAAGAAUAUCACCAAACCCCGCGGACUAGUUUUAGACCCCCGUAACUACACCAACCUGAUGUUCUGGUCAGACUGGGGUCAGAACCCCAGGAUUGAGCGGGCAGACAUGGACGGAGCCAUGAGACGAGUCAUCGUCAGCACCAAGCUCUACUGGCCAAACGGCCUGGCCCUGGACUACACCACCCGCAGGGUCUAUUUUGCCGAUGCCUACCUCAAAUAUAUUGACUACUGCGACUAUUAUGGCAAUAACCGGCAUCAGGUCAUGGCGAGUAACCUGGUUCUCCAGCACCCACACGGAAUGACCGUCUUCGAGGACGACAUCUACUGGUCGGAGCGCUACACCAGUAAAGUGAUGAGGUCGAACAAGUUCCAUGGCGGGAACGUCACCACUUUGAUGAGCGGUGUCUACCAGCCUUUGGGCAUUGUUAUGGACUAUCCCAUCAAACAGCCCAUAGGCAUCAACCCAUGCAGAGAACACCUGUGUACUCAACUGUGCCUGCUGGCAGGCAUGAGGCCCCGGUACUACACCUGCCACUGCCAGUCUGGCUGGAAGCUCGAUGCUGACAAACGCACAUGUGUCAAAGAUGAGACUCCCUUCUUGAUGGUGGUGAGAGAUUCUGUGAUUUUUGGCAUUCCCCUUGACCCCGCUGACCCCUCCAACAAUGCAAUGGCCCCCGUGUCCGGCAUCAGCCAGGGGCAGGACAUCGACUUUGACGAUCGAGAGCAGUUAAUCUAUUGGGUGCAGAACUCUCGUUCUAUUUGGCAAGUGAAAACCAGCGGUGCCAACAGGUCUGAGUUUGCUCCAGCUGCUUUCAUUGGCUCGCCGGCUGGCUUGGCUUUUGAUUGGAUAAGCCGAAUAAUGUAUUACACCAACCCUACUGCUAAAACUAUCGAGGUUAUCCGUGUGGAUGGAGACCAGCACUAUAGGAAGACCCUCAUCACCUUCACCGGGAAACCGGAGGGAACCGGAGAGCCCUUUGGAAUAGCCCUGGAUCCAGCUCGAGGGAAGUUGUUUUGGACCGACAAGGGGUCAGACAAUGGAGUUCCUCCGAAGGUCGGCAGUGCCAACAUGGACGGAGGGAACGCCGUAAACCUCUACACGGGCAACCUGGCCAAUAUCGGGUUCAUCGCCACCGACAUCUCUACCAUGAAACUGUACUGGGGCGUGGCGGGCUCAGGGGUUAUCCUUUUAAUACUCGAUUAACCACGCCCUCUUUGCUCGCCGUCCUUAUUUUUCCAGAUUGAGUGUGGCACCAUGGACGGAGUAAGCCGGGUAGUUUUGGUGAGUGGCCUGUCCCACCCGUGUGGGCUGACGGUCUACCUGAGCCACCUCUACUACACCGACCUGGACUACGAGGUCAUUGAGAGGGUGGACAAGGUCACCGGUGCUAACAUGUUGGUGAUGAGGAGCAGGAUGGCCGGUCUGCGCGCCCUCAAAGUGCACGCCAGAGACGCCUCAGCCGGGACCACCAACGCCUGCAGCUCCAACAAUGGGGGUUGUCCCCACCUAUGUCUCCCCAAACCAGACAACCAAAAAACCUGUGCCUGCACCACAGGCUUCAUCCCGUCUCAAGAUGCCUCCCGCUGUGAACUGUAUGAAUCUUUCGCAAUUGUCUCUACUACCAAGUACAUCCGUGGCUUCCACAUAAACAGCUCUGACCACUCCGAGGCUAUGGUGCCUCUCGGCGGAACUUCUUACGUUAAGGGCAAGUUGGAUCUCCAUAUUGAAUCUGGCUUUGUAUACUGGGCUGACAACAGCACCUCCACCUCAUACAAGGGCAUCCACCGGGCCAAAAUAGAUGGCGGGAGUUACAGCACUGUCCUCAACUCGGGCGUUGGAAAAGGAGGCAUCCAGGGCCUUGCUGUAGACUGGGUUGCGGGUAACUUGUACUUCACCAAUGCCUUUGAGAGAGAGACCUUCCUGGAGGUGCUUGCCAUCAACACCACGUACCGAAUGAUUCUCCUCAAGUCCUCCCAGGACGAGCCCCGUGAUGUGGCUGUCAGCCCCAAGCUCCGCUACCUCUUCUGGACUGACGGUGGCCAAACGCCCAAAAUUGAGCGUGCCCUGCUGGAUGGCACCAACCGCACUGUGUUGGCAUCAAAAAGCCUUGUGUCCCCUCGUGGCCUUACCAUCGAUUACACCAAUGAUUUCCUCUACUGGACAGAUGAUGUUCUUAAUAUGAUCUCCCGAAUGGCCACAGAUGGCACACAGAGGCAAAUUAUCCGGUAUGGCAGCCGGUAUCCGUCCCCAACAGGGAUGGCUAUAUUCGGAAACGACAUGCUCUGGGUGGAUAAAAAGCUUGGGAGGCUCUUACAGGCCAGCAAGGACCCAGCCGAUACUGACCAGCCAGAGGUCAUUCGAGACGGUCUUGAGGGGCUGACGGAUGUCACUGUCUUUGACGCUCAUGUCCAGCCUACAUCUGCCAGCCAGGUGGGCUUCAACCCAUGUCAAGAAGAUAAUGGACGCUGCCAGCAGCUCUGCUUCGCCGUGCCGAGCCAAGAGCAACCGAAAUGCGGUUGCGCACACGGGUCGCUCCUGGGUAAUGGAGUCACGUGUGGUUACGGACAAGAUGACUUUUUAAUUUUCACUACAGAUUACAAGAUGAACAGCCUGAGGUUAGAUCCUUUGGAUCACAGCACCCCUUAUCCAGUGGUGAACGUGGGCUACAACUUGAUGGCUUUGGAUUAUGACUUCAAGGACAAGAGAAUUUUCUUUACCCAGUUUUUGGGAAUUGGCCGAAGCAAAAUUGGCUACGUCACCACAACGUCCAUCACUAACCCUCCCGUCUUUAUAGCUACAAAUUUGAAUGACCCUGAGGGAUUGGCGUACGAUUGGGUCAACAAGCGUCUCUACUUUACCGACGACUAUAGCCGCAAUGUCCAGUCCAUGGGGGGGGAUGGGAUGAACCGCUCAAUCAUCGCACAGGCAAAUCGUCCCAGAGGCAUCGUUGUUGACCCCUGCUAUGGUUACCUGUACUGGACUGACUGGGGCUAUCCAGCUAAGAUUGAGAGGGCCACACUAAGUGGAAGGUUCCGGACCCCAAUCAUUGCAAGCAGGCUGACGACGCCCAAUGGCCUAACUCUGGAUUAUGAAGAAAGGAUGCUUUACUGGGCCGAUGCCUCAUUAGAUAGGAUUGAAAGGGCCUCUUUAACUGGUGCCAACCGACAAGUGAUCUUGCAAGGGGUCCAGUACCCGUACGCCAUGACCGUCUUCCAACAGGACAUCUUCUGGACCGACUGGACGGAGAGAGCCGUUUUUAGGGCGGGGAAGGACGACGGUUCUGGCUUUGCGGUGCUGGUCCAGGACCUGCAGUACCGACCAAACGACAUCCACGUGUAUGCCGCAUCUAAGCAAGAAAGCUGCUCCAGCUCUUGUCAGCAGUUCAACGGAGGCUGCAGUAACAUCUGUGUUCCCGGUCCAUUGGGCCCAGAGUGCCAGUGUCCUCAUCAGGGCAAGUGGUACCUGGCCAACAAUGGCAAAGACUGUAUCACAGACACAGGGAAACGCUGCCAACCGGAGCAGUUCACCUGCCUCAAUAACGACUGCAUCUCAGCACGAUGGAAGUGUGACGGCGACAACGACUGCCAGGAUAACUCUGAUGAGCUGGAGAGAGUUUGUGCCUUCCACACCUGCUCAGCCGUGGACUUUACCUGUGACAAUGGCCGCUGUGUGCUGGUCAGAGACGCCUGCGACUUCACGGACGACUGUGGAGACAACAGCGACGAGCGAGGCUGCCCCUUCCCCACGUGCAACCCGGCGACUGAGUUCACCUGCGCCAGCGGACGCUGCAUCAGCGCAGCCUUCGUCUGCGACGGCCACAACGACUGCCGAGACAACGGCACCGCCGACGAAAUCAACUGCCCUGACAGAUUGUGUCCUGAAGGCCAGGUCAAGUGUGACCGCAACAACAUCUGCAUCUACCCUGGAAACCUGUGUGACGGCUACAACAACUGUGGAGACAACAGCGAUGAGAAUCCUCUCUUCUGCAUGGGUCGGACAUGUUCUCCGGAUCAGUUCCGCUGCGAUGAAGGGAAGUGUAUCCCCGACUCCUGGGUGUGUGACUCCAUAAAUGACUGCAGUGAUGGGACGGAUGAACCUCUUUCCUGUCAGGAUCAAAUCAAAACGUGCGGUCCCAGCCAGUUCACUUGUACAGAUGGAAACUGCAUCCCCCAGGCGAUGGUCUGUGACGGUAACAAUGACUGCUGGGACAACAGUGAUGAGGCUCCUGAACUACAGUGUGGCCAACGUACCUGCAGUUCAGACCAGUUCACCUGUCCGACCUGGUUCCCCGGUUCCCCGCGCUGUGUGUCGUUAAGCUACGUGUGUGACGGAGAGAACGACUGCGCCAACGCUGCUGAUGAACUCCAGAACUGCCCCAACCGCACCUGCAAUAUGAAUGAGUUCGCCUGCUCCAAUAGGCUUUGCGUUCUCCUCCCCUACCAGUGUGACCAUGUAAAUGACUGCGGGGACGGCAGCGAUGAGUUGGGCUGUACUUACGACACGUGCAGCAGCAGCCAGUUCACCUGCAGUAACGCGUGCAUCCUCGCCUCCUACACCUGCGACGGGCAGAGCGAUUGUACGGACGGCUCGGAUGAAGCAGAGAGCUUGUGCGUCACGCCGCAACCCACCUGCGCUCCUCAGCAGUACAUGUGCAAGUCGGGCGAGUGUAUCGACGACGAAAAGGUGUGCAACGGACAAAAGGACUGCCAGGACAACAGUGACGAAAAAGGCUGCGGAGUCAAUGAGUGCCGCAACCCAUCAGUGCACAAGUGUGCCCAGCUCUGCACCGACACCCUCACCGGCUACUACUGUUCCUGCCAGCCCGGCUACCGACUCAUGCCAGAUGGCAAAGCCUGCGAGGACCUCGACGAGUGCACCGGCACCCCCGCCGUCUGCAGCCAGAUCUGCGAGAACACUUUUGGCUCGUACCACUGCAAAUGCGCCCCUGGAUAUAUCCGCGAACCCGACGGACGCACCUGUCGUCAGAACAGUGGCAUUGCCCCGUACCUGUUGUACAGUAAUCGCUACUACAUCCGCAAUUUGACCACUGAUGGGUCACACUUGAGUUUAGUCGUGCAGGGGCUGGCCAAUGUGGUGGCGUUGGACUUUGAUGACUAUGAGAAGAGGCUUUAUUGGCUGGAUGCGGGGGCAGGAAAGAUUGAGCGGAUGCGCUUUGACGGGACCGGCAGGGAGACACUGGAGGACCACGAUAUAUUAGGAGCUGAAGGCCUGGCGCUGGACUGGGUGGGCAGGAAGUUGUACUGGGUGAACGGUUAUUACGGUUCAGUCCAUGUGAUGGAGCUGGACGGACGCUACCAGAAGAGACUGCUGUCAGGAGAAUUCAUUGAUGGAAACAGCACUUAUCUUAUCAGCCGGCCGCGUGCUGUGGCGGUCAACCCUAAAUAUGGAUGGCUUUACUGGACCGACUGGGGUGACACGGCGUAUAUCGGCAGAGUCGGCAUGGAUGGAAGCGACGCCCGUGCCAUCAUAACCACCAAGCUGGAGUGGCCCAGUGCUCUCACCAUAGACUACACCACCAACAAGAUCUUCUUUGCUGAUUCUCACCUUAACUUUCUGGACUUUGCCGACUUGAACGGCCAGAACCGACACCGGGCCAUUGCGGGUACCCUUCCCCACGUCUUUGCCGUUUCCCUCUUCGAGGACUGGGUUUACUGGACGGACUGGAAACACACAGUAGAGAAGGCUCGCAAGUACACUGGCGAACAGCGCACAGUCAUGGGCAACAACACGCACCGACCAUACGACAUCCGUGUGUACCACCCCUACAGGCAGCCUCGCAGUGAAAACCCCUGCUCCUCCCAUCACCUGACCUGCAGUCACUUGUGUCUGAUUGCCCCUGGUGGGCAACAAGCUAGCUGCCAGUGCCCAGAUCAAUUCAUCGGCAUCAUGGUGUGCUUUAAGAUCCAGUGUGUCGCCGACUGCUCCAGCACCCAGUUCCGCUGUGGAGACAACGAGAAGUGUGUUCCCAUAUGGUGGAAGUGUGACGGCCAGUCAGACUGCGGUGACGGCUCAGAUGAACCUCAGACCUGUCUGCCCCGGUACUGCCCCAUCGGCCAGUUCCAGUGUCAAGACGGCAGCUGUACCUACCCCGGCUUCAUCUGCGAUGGCCACUCAGACUGCCCUGACGGGUCGGACGAGGAUGCCGCUCUCUGCAGCGACCACCGAUGCGAAGACAACCAGUUCCAGUGCAAAAACAAGAACUGCAUCCCCGUGUUGUGGCACUGCGACGGAGCGAACGACUGCUCCGACGGCAGCGACGAAGACGCGGAGACUUGUUCCCAGAAGACGUGCCGACCGGGACGGUUCCAGUGCGCCAACGGCCGCUUCCUGCCGCCGAGCUACGUGUGCGACGCCCAGGACGACUGCGGGGACGGAUCCGACGAGCCGCACGAAACCUGCAUGGGUCCAGACUACAAGUGUGACGACACGGAGUUCUCCUGCAGGACAAAUUACCGCUGUGUUCCUCAGUGGGCCCGCUGUGACGGCACCAACGACUGCAUCGACAACAGUGACGAGCAAGGCUGCGGGGUGACCUGUGAUCCUCUGGGAGAUUUUCGAUGUGACAACCACCUCUGUGUACCCAUCCGCUGGCAGUGUGACGGCACCGACGACUGCGGUGACGGCUCGGAUGAACGAAAUUGCCAGCCGAGGCCUUGCUCCGAGAGUGAGUUUCGAUGUGACAGCGCACAGUGCAUCCCUGGGAACUGGGUGUGUGACCAUGACAACGAUUGCGGGGAUAACUCAGACGAACGAGACUGUGAGUUGCAGACGUGUCGUCCGGGUUUUUUCCAGUGUGACUCGGGUCACUGUGUCCCUGCCGCUCUGCAGUGUGAUGGCAGGACUGAUUGUCUGGACCUGUCAGAUGAGACCAGCUGUCCAACGCGUUACCCAGGAGGCCGUUGGUGCCCUCAAAGCCAGUUUGAGUGUGCAAACCAUCUUUGUGUGAGCCAGGGCUGGGUGUGUGAUGGAGUCGAUGACUGCGGCGACCGCUCUGACGAACAGCUCACUCUAUGCCUGAAUGUCACCUGUGAGAUGCCGUCCAAGUUCCGCUGUGCCAACGGCUACUGCAUCUACUCCGGCGUGCUGUGCAACCUGAAAGACGACUGUGGAGACGGCAGCGACGAGAAGGAGGAACUCUGCCGCGAGCCCACGCUGCCGCCCUGCACGCUGGACGAGUUCAAGUGCACCAACGGACACUGCGUGGCGCUGCCGUACGUGUGCGACCACAACGACAACUGUGGGGACCGCACGGAUGAAUUGGGUUGCAAUUUUGGCCACGAACGCAACUGUGAAGAGAAGCUGUGCCAGCACGAGUGCACCAACUUGAACGGCACCGGCUUCAUCUGCUCCUGCAGGCCCGGAUACGAGGUGGACCUAGACAGCACCUACAACUGCCUGGACAUCAAUGAGUGUGAGGUGCACGGCACCUGUCCUCAGGUGUGUAAGAACACAAAGGGCGGCUACGACUGCGAGUGUGCCACCGGCUACCGGAAGGUGGGCAACGGCAACAUGUGCGAAGCUGAGGGAGCGACUCCCUUGAUGCUUCUACCAGAGAAUAUUCGUAUCCGGAGGUUCAACCUACAGACGAAGACCUACCACGACUUCCUGAAAGAAGAGGAGCGCAUUAUGGCUCUGGACUAUGACUGGGACCACAACAACACGGGAUUCAGUAUGGUGUAUUUCACCGUGGCCGGUAAGGACUCUGUGGCAGGUGCCAUCAAGAGAGCAUAUAUACCUUCAGUGGAUGACGGCGGUAACAACAUCGGUGCUGCCGUUGACCUCGGCAUGAAAUACAUCACCAGGCCAGACGGCAUCGCUGUGGACUGGGUGGGCAGGAAUCUUUACUGGGCAGAUUCCAGGGUAAAGAGGUUGGAGGUGGCCAUGUUGGACGGACGCUACAGGAAGCAACUCGUCAAGACUGAGCUGGGCCACCCGUCUGCCGUGGCCGUCAACCCACGACUGGGGAUGCUGUACUGGGCAGACCGCGGGGACGCGGCCAAGAUCAAGUGUUCUUGGCUGGACGGUCAAGAGAGGAAAGUCCUGGUGGCCGAUGGCCUGGGUUGGCCCACCGGUCUUUCAAUCGACUUCACCAACAAUGACAGAAUCUACUGGUCGGAUUCCAAGGAAAGUCGCAUAGAGUCGGUUCUGCCUUCAGGAGAUGACCGUCGAACUGCCAUCUACAUCGAUGUGAGGAACCCCUUCAGCGUGAGUGUGUUCGAGGACCACGUCUACUGGAGCACUCAGGAGAAAGGGGAGGUGUUCCGGCAGGACAAGUUCGGCCGCGGAGCCAAAACCAAGCUGGUGACCGCCGGGCCGUGGCUGACCCAGGUCUCUGUGUACCAGCAGCAGAGAUACAACUCCAUCGCGAUGAACAACCCGUGUAAGAACACCUGCAGCCACCUGUGUUUGCUGCGGCCUGGAGGUUACACCUGCGCCUGCCCCCAGGGCACCAGCUUUAUCCCCGGCAGCAACACUGAAUGUGAUGCUGUUGGGAUAGCGAUCGGGGUGACAGCCGUGAUCGUGGCUCUGCUGGUUGCUCUGGUCUAUGCUGCCAGGGAGAAGUCCAACCUGCUGGAGAGACUACGGGGAAACCUGCCCAGCAUGCCCUCAUCCAUGCCCUCAUCCAUGCCCUCAUCCAUGCCCUCCAUGCCCACUCUCCCAAGCUUCAGAAACGGUUCGUCUCCAAAUGCACCACCAACAGAGAGUGAAACCAGGCUGAAUAUUGAAGCGGUCCCCUGUAUGUCUGUGUCUGUGGCGGAAACAGACGGGAAGAGUUUUGAGAACCCAGCAUAUGAAGCGGGCGAGCGACCUGCAGGCCCGACGACGGGGGCCGCCGCCGCCGCUCCCGAUGUAUCGGACAAGGAGAACAUAAAUAAUCAGUUAUAUAUGGAAGACGUUGAACUUGCGGACCAGCCCAUAAGAAAUGCCGACCCACUCGCCAAUAUCAACAAGGAGCCUUUUGAGAACUCAGCAUACGGCUCGGACAUAGAGGACGUGGACGUCACUACACAACCAGCUGCUUCGAGCACACAGCAAUUUGAAUCCAUCGGGAACGACGGUUUUGAGUCUUUCAAAAACCCGACAUAUAUGGAGCACACACCAGAUUCUGACAUUUGAUGGGACCUCCACAUCCAGAGAUUAGACUGAUCCAUGUUUCAGAUCUGAAA